UAGAGAAGGAGGCGGAGGCAGCUGCGGCCGCGAGGGGAGGGGGAGUCCCGUCUGACUGAGACGGCAGGCCUGGGCGGGCGGGGGUGCCGCGCAGGGCGGAGCGCCGGGCUGGGGAUGAGCUAAGCGGGCUGAGAGCGUCGCGGCAUUCAGCCCCUCGUGUCCCGCCGCCGCGCGUGAGAUCUGGCGCCGCUCUCCAAGCUCGACCCGCUGCUUGCGCCGGAGCCGCCCUGGAGGACAGUAUUUCUCAAACUCUGAGGCCUGCAAAAUUUACAAAUUGAGAUCUGGCAUCAUUUUCAGAGAGAAACCUUCAGUAAUGUAUAUAACCGUCUGUAAUGGAAGAUGAUUGAAGACAAGGGGCCUCGCGUUGCAGACUACUUUGUUGUAGCAGGAUUAACUGAUGUCUCAAAGCCUCUCGAAGAAGAAAUUCACUUCAAUGAUGCCUGUCAUAAAGUAGCUAAACCAAAAGAGCCCAUCACAGAUAUUUCAGUUAUUAUUAAGUCUCUCGGGGAGGAAGUGCCCCGGGAUUAUGUGUGCAUAGAUGUGACCCCAACCGGAUUAUCAGCUGAUCUCAAUAAUGGGAGUCUUGUGGGGCCACAGAUUUACCUUUGUUAUAGAAGAGGAAGAGAUAAGCCUCCACUUACAGAUCUUGGGGUUUUAUAUGACUGGAAAGAAAGAUUGAAACAGGGCUGUGAAAUUAUUCAGAGUACUCCCUAUGGGCGCCCUGCAAAUAUUAGCGGCAGCACCUCAUCACAAAGAAUUUAUAUCACUUAUCGAAGAGCCUCUGAAAACAUGACUCAGAAUGCAUUGGCUGUCACAGACAUAUGUAUUAUUAUACCCAGUAAAGGAGAAAGUCCACCACACACGUUCUGCAAAGUCGACAAGAACCUCAAUAACAGUAUGUGGGGAUCAGCAGUGUACUUGUGUUAUAAAAAAUCAGUGGCAAAGACUAACACUAUAUCUUACAAAGCUGGUCUAAUUUGUAGAUAUCCUCAAGAAGAUUAUGAGUCGUUCUCACUACCAGAAUCUGUUCCCCUAUUUUGUUUGCCAAUGGGUGCAACUAUUGAAUGUUGGCCAUCAAAUAGCAAAUACCCUCUCCCUGUAUUUUCUACAUUUGUGUUAACUGGAGCCUCAGCUGAAAAGGUCUAUGGUGCUGCUAUUCAGUUUUAUGAACCAUACUCAGAGGAGAAUCUCACAGCAAAGCAAAGACUUCUUUUGGGUUUAACGUCAUCGGCAGAUGGAAAAUGUGAUAGUUCCAAAACAAUUCAUACUAACAAAUGCAUCUGUCUUCUUUCUCACUGGCCUUUUUUUGAUGCAUUCAGGAAAUUUCUGACUUUUUUGUAUCGUUAUUCCAUCUCUGGCCCUCAUGUCCUCCCAAUUGAAAAGCACAUUUCUCAUUUUAUGCAUAAAGUUCCUUUUCCAUCUCCUCAGAGACCGCGGAUUUUAGUUCAGUUAUCACCACAUGAUAAUCUGAUUCUCAGUCAGCCUGUUUCUUCACCUCUUCCUCUAAGUGGUGGCAAGUUUUCAACACUACUUCAGAAUUUAGGCCCUGAAAAUGCUGUGACAUUGCUGGUGUUUGCAGUAACAGAACAUAAAAUUCUCAUCCAUUCCUUGCGGCCUUCUGUGCUGACUAGUGUGACAGAGGCGUUAGUGUCUAUGAUUUUCCCUUUCCACUGGCCAUGCCCGUACGUCCCUCUCUGCCCACUGGCCUUAGCGGAUGUCUUGAGCGCACCGUGCCCGUUCAUAGUAGGGAUCGAUUCAAGAUACUUUGACCUCUAUGACCCUCCACCAGAUGUCAGUUGUGUUGACCUCGAUACCAACACCAUUUCUCAAACUGGUGACAAGAAAAGUGUAGCCUGGAAGAUACUUCCGAAAAAGCCAUGUAAAAAUCUGAUGAACACAUUGAAUAAUUUACACCAGCAGUUGGCAAAAUUGCAGCACAGACCCAGAGACGACGGGCUAAUGGACUUGGCAAUGAAUGACUACGAUUUUAAUUCUGGAAAGAGGCUGCACAUGAUAGAUUUAGAAAUCCAAGAGGCAUUUUUGUUUUUUAUGGCCUCUAUCUUAAAAGGUUACAGAUCAUACUUAAGGCCAAUAACACAAGCCCCAUCUGAGACAGCCACAGAUGCAACCUCUCUUUUUGCCCUUCAAGCUUUCUUAAGAAGCCGGGACCGGUCUCAUCAAAAAUUCUAUAACAUGAUGACCAAGACACAAAUGUUUAUUCGCUUCAUUGAAGAAUGUUCUUUUGUCAGUGAUAAAGACGCAAGCCUGGCAUUUUUUGAUGAUUGCGUAGAUAAAGUGGAUAUGGACAAGAGUGGAGAAGUACGACUUAUAGAACUGGAUGAAUCUUUCAAAAGUGAACACACUGUUUUUGUAACCCCGCCUGAGAUCCCUCAUCUACCCAACGGUGAAGAACCCCCUUUACAGUACAGCUAUAAUGGAUUUCCAGUUCUGAGGAACAAUUUAUUCGAGAGACCUGAAGGAUUUCUACAAACGCGAAAGAAUAAAUUGCCUUCAAAAUCAAGUAAUCCUAGCAGCCCUUCUCCCAUGUUCAGAAGAACAAAACAGGAAAUUAAGUCAGCCCAUAAAAUCGCCAAGAGGUAUUCUUCCAUCCCUCAGAUGUGGUCUCGGUGUCUACUGCGUCACUGUUACGGACUGUGGUUCAUUUGUCUCCCAGCUUAUGUGAAAGUUUGUCAUUCAAAAGUCAGGGCCCUGAAAACAGCAUAUGAUGUGCUAAAAAAAAUGCAGUCAAAGAAGAUGGAUCCACCUGAUGAGGUGUGCUACCGCAUUCUCAUGCAGCUCUGUGGGCAGUACGACCAGCCAGUGCUUGCUGUUCGCGUGCUCUUUGAAAUGCAGAAAGCUGGUAUUGACCCCAAUGCCAUCACUUACGGUUAUUAUAAUAAGGCUGUUUUGGAAAGUACCUGGCCUUCAAGAAGUCGUAGUGGCUAUUUUCUUUGGACAAAAGUAAGAAAUGUGGUGUUAGGAGUAGCACAGUUCAAAAGAGCUUUAAAGAAACAUGCACACUUAUCACAAACGACUCUCUCAGCAGAUGGCAGUGACCUGGAUGCUGUUAGUCAUGGCAGCAUGGAUAGUGGUCAUGGGACGCACACUGUGGAGCAGGCACCUUUUAAUACGGGUGUAAACAAAGUAUUUGCUACUGAUGAUAGAGCUAGUACAGGUGGCCAAUCGGAUCUUGGAUAUAAUUCAUUAUCUAAGGAUGAAGUUAGAAGAGGGGAUACAUCUACUGGGGACAUUCAAGAAGAAAAAGAUAAAAAAGGGAGUGAUUCUAGUUCCCUGUCAGAGAGUGAAAGUGCAAAAGGAAGUGCCGAUUGCCUGCCAAAGCUCAAUUAUGAGAGUUCUUCCAGCAUAGUCCGCCUCGGUGGUACAAGCAACAGUAGUGCCGACAAAGUGUCAGGAGGAAGCGCAGAAAGCACACCUGAGCUGCUCUUGAUAUCGUCUCUUGAGGAUACGAACAAAACAGGAAACAUUGAAAGUAAAUGCUUCAGAAAAAGACAUAAAAGUGACGAUGAACCUAAUGUGCAGCAGCGAAUGGCCUGGGGAAGUAGAAACCGUAAUCUUAGUGGAGGGGUGCUAAUGGGCUUUAUGCUCAAUAGAAUUAACCAGGAAGCACACCCUGGAGACAUGGUUGAAAAAUUAGGAGCUGAUGCCAAAAUUCUUUCAAAUGUUAUCUCAAAAAGCACAAGGCCAAAUAGUCUUGAUAUUGGAAAGCCACCUUUAAGAUCAAAGAGGGACAGUCUAGAAAAGGAAUCUAGUGAUGACGACACACCUUUCGAUGGUUCUAACUGUUUGGCAGAUAAAGUAGACUCUCCCGUUAUUUUUGACUUGGAAGAUUUAGAUGUGGAAACAGACGGAUCAAAAGUUGGAUGUAUUGCUACACAAAAUUCCAAGAGGAUUCAACGUAUGAACAGUAGCUUUUCAGCAAAACCUUUUGAAAAAACUGAUGUGGUCACAGGCUUUGACCCCCUCUCUCUUAUGGUUGCCGAGACUGAGCAGCAGCAAAAAGAAGAGGAGGAGGAUGAAGAUGAUAGUAAAGGCCUUUUAACACCAUCCACGAGGCGUGAUUUAGCUGAAGAAAUUGUGAUGUAUAUGAAUAACAUGAGCAGUCCUUUGACCAGUCGUACACCAAGCAUUGACUUACAGCGGGCCUGCGAUGAUAAAUUAGCCAACAAGAAAAGCCCAGCAUUCGUCAAGGCAGGCAGAAGAUCCAGCCUGCCUCCCAACUCUCCUAGGCCAAUGAGACUUACCAAAUCUAAAAGUUACACAAGAAGUGAGGAAAGACCAAGGGACAGACUCUGGUCUUCUCCAGCCUUUUCACCUAGUUGCCCUUUUAGAGAAGAAUCUCAAGACACAUUAACCCAUUCAUCGCCUGCAUUUAACUUAGAUACACUACUGGUUCCUAAGCUCGAUAUUCUAAGGAACAGUAUGUUCACUGCUGGAAAAGGAGUUGCAGAGAAGGCAAGCAAGUGGUAUUCAAGAUUCACCAUGUAUACCACGUCAUCUAAGGAUCAAAGUUCUGAUCGUACCAGUCUUUCUUCAGUGGGAGCCCAGGAUUCUGAAUCUACCUCUUUAACAGAUGAAGAUGUCUGCCACGAGUUGGAAGGAGCCACUUCUUCCCAGGAGAGCAGUGCUACAUCCGGGCCCAAGGGCAUCGACCUCAGCCGGACCAGCCUGGAGAGCUCUGCCUCCUUGGAAGGAUCCCUGUCAAAGUUUGCCUUACCUGGAAAAUCAGAAGUGUCGUCUUCCUUCAACACAAGUAAUACAAAUAUCUUCCAGAACUAUGCAAUGGAGGUUCUCAUCUCAAGUUGCUCUCGGUGUAGAACCUGUGAUUGUCUUGUCCAUGACGAGGAGAUUAUGGCAGGCUGGACGGCAGAUGACUCAAAUCUCAAUACCACGUGCCCGUUCUGUGGCAAUCUUUUCUUGCCCUUUCUGAAUGUCGAAAUCAGAGAUUUAAGACGACCUGGAAGAUAUUUUUUGAAGCCAAGCCUGUCUACAGAAAACAUGCACUUUUCAUCUUCAUUUUCAAGUCAGACAAGGCAGUCUUGCAUUUCAACCUCAGCCUCGGGUCUUGACACAUCUGCUCUCUCUGCCCAGGGGAAUUUUGAUCUAAAUAGCAAAUUGAAACUGCAGGAAAAUUCCUGUGCCCGAAGUAUUGAGAUCCCUGCCAACAGGUCAAAAACAGCUACAUCCAAAUGUCCGCUAUUUCCAAUGGUCAGGAGCAUUAGUACUUACGGCCCCUUGGAUAAGGAGGAUACUGGAGGACAGAAGCUCAUUCCUACAGGCAGCCUGCCAGCUACGUUACAAGGAGCUACAGACUCUCUAGGAUUAGAGUGGCACCUUCCAAGUCCAGACCCUGUCACUGUCCCAUAUCUCAGUCCGCUAGUGGUGUGGAAGGAGCUGGAAAGCUUGCUGGAAAACGAAGGCGACCAUGCAAUCACGGUGGCAGACUUCGUGGACCAUCACCCGAUCGUGUUUUGGAACCUGGUGUGGUAUUUCAGACGCCUCGACUUGCCCAGUAACCUACCUGGAUUGAUUCUCUCUUCUGAGCAUUGUAACAAGUAUUCAAAGAUUCCCCGGCACUGCAUGUCUGAAGACAGUAAGCAUGUUUUAAUACAGAUGUUAUGGGAUAACAUGAAAUUGCAUCAAGACCCAGGACAGCCCUUGUACAUCCUCUGGAAUGCCCACAGUCAAAAUCGUACUCUUUUGUUUGAGACCCAAAAAUAUCCAAUGGUCCAUUUAUUGCAAAAAAGUGAUAACUCAUUUAACCAGGAUCUGUUGAAAAGUAUGGUGAGAAGCAUUAAAAUGAAUGAUGUCUAUGGACCGAUGAGUCAGAUUUUAGAGACACUAAAUAAGUGUCCACAUUUUAAAAGACAGAGGAGUUUAUACAGAGAAAUACUAUUUCUCUCACUCGUGGCACUGGGAAGAGAAAACAUUGACAUAGAUGCAUUUGACAAAGAGUACAAGAUGGCCUACGACCGUCUCACCCCUAGCCAAGUGAAGAAUACACACAACUGCGAUAGACCACCGAGUACGGGGGUGAUAGAAUGUCGGAAAACCUUCGGAGAACCUUAUCUUUAAGACCUGUGUGUGUGUGUGUGUGUGUGUGUGUGUGUGUGUGUGUGUAUCCAACAUAUAUUGUAUAGCCAGUGUAUAAAAUAACACUUUUAGACUCAGCUUCUUUUCUUCAACUUUUGAAAAUGCAUUUGUAAAUGGUCAAGAAGAUUCGGAUAACUUAUGUACAGAACGUUUGCGAAUGGUGACAAAGGGGAGAGAGCCACUUUGUUUCCAGUCCUUUUCUUCUUCUUCUUUUACUCCCCAUAAUACAUAAUUAUGUAUUUUCAUGAGAGGAAAUCCCUAAACAAAAUGAAUUACCGUAAAAUAAGACAACUGUCUUCUGGUGUCUCUUAGAAGAGACAGAUUAAAAAAUCAUGUAUGGAGCCCACACAGAGAUGGAAGAUCAAAGUCUCUCCUGUUCUCACAGACUGUUCAAAUGUUUUCACCAUGAAGUUGUAUUAUACAUAUUUUAAAUUGUUUAUAGUAAGUUGAUAUUUUUUUAAUUUUUAAAUUUAAUAUAGCAAACUUAAAAUGAAUUUAAACUUAUGAAGCAAGCAAGCGCUUAUUUUCCUUGUCUGCUGCUAUUUGAAUUAAUUAGUAUAGCUACAGAUCUCUCUAUAUGUAUAUCUACCUAUAUAUAUAUUUUUUACUACUUGGGAGAAUGAAUUCAGAAAUCUCAGUGCUAGUGUCUGUGUUGCCCUAGGAUUGCAUGCUAGCCCCCGAAGCCUAACUGCAGUGAGCAAGGCUCAGCAAGGCUGGCGUGCACAGCCCCGACCGACUCUAAUUAAGCCUUGUGGAAGGAGAGCCGAGAGGCUCACCAGACCGUGAUUCCAGAAUGUGUUCUGUUAAUGGGUACAUACAGUACACAGGGAAAAUAGCUUACAAACCCAAUUAUCAAUUUAAAUUUUAAUAUUCCACAUGAAAACUUACAUUGGGAAAUAGGUUAUCAACUCUGCCAAAUUUUACCCUUAUCUGAAUAUCUAAACUAUUGGGUAUGAUACAUAAUGUAUUAUAGAAUAUUUAUCUGAAAUACAACUUACUGGGAUAUUCUGUUAAUAUUAUACAUAAAUUCUCAAAGUAUUUUUUUCGAAAGUAGAAAAAUAAUAGCCCUCUAACAGUACAGCCAGAUAGAAUGUGAAGUUUAUGGGAUGCAGAAAUAGCCAGAAAUCAGACAAUAAACUGAAUGUUUAAACACCAUGAGUAUUAAACACACUUUAAAAAUAUAUAUAUUUAGUUGCAUUAUUUCUAAUAUCACUUUUGGUCACUUCUGACAUAAAAAAAGCAUCAUUUGGCUGUUAGAAUUACUUACAGGUUUUUCCGUGUGUGUGCAUACAUUUUCACACUUGACCACUAACGAAGGCGCUCUCUAACCACUUUUAAAGAAAAAAAUGGUCACAAAUUAGUAGUGUAAAGCCAACAGAGCCCAUGACACACGGACUGGAGGUACGUCAGAGUCCUGACAGGAAACAUCAGCACAGUUGCAGGGAAAGACACCUCUGGAGUUCAUACCAUUAGUGAAUAGCACCAAGGCGAAACUUGAAUCUUUUUCCACUCUGGAAGAUAAUGAAGUGUCUAAACAUGUACAGCUUCAGUUCAGUGAGUCUGGGGCUGAACUUGCUUACUUGAAAAAUCUGGUGCUGUGCACUGUAUCUGCCUCUCCUCCGUACACCCCGUUACCAUCUUUACUGUUCACACCCAACCUUCACAUCCUAAUUGAGUCUCUCGUUUUCGACCAUGUGUCCCCUGAGAAAAACAUUGCCUCGGGAGGCUUUAGGCAUUGGCGACAAGCAGUCCUCCACACGGGAGUCUGGGGUUCUCUUCUAUUGUUACUUUCAUUCCCUUGGAAGGAGCAUUUUCACUAUGGUUUGCUUUUCCUGUAAUACAAACAGCAUGUAGGAAUCAGUGUUGAUUGGUUUCGAUGUCUGACAACAACAAAGAAGAGUGAGGUAAAGCCAUUCUUCAUGGUUCAGACUCAUUUGGAAAAGUGAAUGUAAUUUCUACCCAUCCCCUGACCCUGAGUUUUAUUUCUGCUUUCCGAAAGGGUUAUAUUUCCCCUACUUUUAAUCCUCAGGGAAUAUUACUAUACAAAUUUAGUCUUUAAAAAUAAAACAUGAAUAGAAACUGGUAAACCCUGUUCAAAAGAAAAUUAAGAUAUGACUCAUCCUCUAAAAUAACUACACAGACAUUUCUUCGAUUUUUCUCUCUGUUGACCAUACAUGUUGGAGGUUCAUGACCCCUCAUGUUGGAAAUACCUUUUUGCUGCAUACCUGUCUCUUACUUUCUUACUCUUAGCUUUGUUUAUAUGCCUAAACUGUUGAAAAUAGACCAUGCUGUGUGCUGGUAUACCCUGUUCACUACUUCCUACCAUUAUGUUUUGAAUGUCACACAUUUGUAUUUUAUAGCAUAUUCACAUAUUGACCUUUCCCUCUUAUCGCCAGAUAGGGAAUUAUACAGCUGUUUAUCUUCUGAUUUUGUCCUCUUUUUCUAACUCUUUUGGUUGUGUGUGUGUGUUUUUUUGUUUUGUUUUGUUUCGUUUUGUUUUCCUUUUUGCUUUAAAAAUCCUAAAACUACCAGCUUAUUUUAUUAUAAGGUUUUCUAGUAUGUCUCGUUUUUGUACAUAGAGAAAUGGCCCCUGAAAAUGUUGGUUUAACAUUUUAGACAAUAAAUACUUAUUUUUACUUUA